AUGGCAAGCCACGGUGUUGCGAGGUCAGCUAAUACUGCAUCACGAACUGAGCAGGAAAUAGACAAUGAGCAGAGAGAAAUUAAGGAGUAUAGAGACCUGGAGAAUAUGAUUAGGACCAAGGUAGCAGGACAUGAACAAACGGUCGAAUUGUUCGAACUUACUUCGAGAAUUCUGAAGAAGAACCCAGAAUACUACACGAUCUGGAAUCAUAGAAGGCGUUUAUUAACCAACAGUUUAUUCCCAAAAGCUCUAUCUGCUGCAGAAUCUGUGGCUUUUUCCUCAUUUAAUACUGCAAGUAUAGCAAUACCUAUCACGUCUAUUAGAACGGAAUCUCAGACACACGAUUCACGCGACAAAAUAAAAAACGAUGAAAUACUUCAAUUGAUAAGCGAUGACUUAGAUUUUAUAAUUCCAAUUAUGAUAAAGUAUCCAAAGUGCUACUGGAUCUGGAAUUAUAGAUUGUGGUUAUUACAGCAGGCGAAUGAGAAACUAGACCGAAUCAUUUCUAGGAAUUUAUGGACUCGAGAGUUAGCCCUCGUUGAAAAGAUGUUGGUUAAAGAUAAUCGAAAUUUUCAUGGCUGGGGCUACCGUAGGAUGAUCGUAGCACAGUUAGAGGAUCCUAGACUUGACGGCCAAAGCAUGGUAGAAUCUGAAUUUGAAUACACCACUAAAAUGAUAAAUGCUCCUAAUGGCUUAUCAAAUUUCUCAGCAUGGCAUCGACGCAGCAAAUUGAUACCUCGCCUUCUUAACGAACGGGUUGCAGAUACUGCCGCUAGAUAUCGGCUAUUGGAUGAUGAGCUCGAACUAAUAAUCUCUGCCAUGUAUACCGACUCUUACCCUUACCAACAGUCUGCCUGGUUUUACUAUCAGUUUCUCAUGACGAUCAUCAUUGAGCCUAGUAAGAGCACCGCCACAAUUAAUUUCACCAAAGGUGAUAGACAAAGAUACGUCAUUCAACAAAUAGAAAUCCUCAAAGACAUGCUUGACGGGGCCGAGGAUUGCAAGUGGAUAUACGAUACUUUGAUCGAAUUUACCUUGGUAAUAAGUCGAAUGCAGAACAGAGGUCUCCAUGUGGCAGAAAAGCAAGAUUGUAUUUCAUGGCUCAAAAAGUUAAAAGUUUUGGAUCAUUUUCGUAUAGGCAGAUGGAAUGAUCGCGAGAAGCUUCUAGUCGAUGGUUAA